AAGAACGACCAAAAACAAUAAUAAAUGAAAAUGUAUUGCACCAAAGACUGCAGCUGCAGUUUGUGUCGUGAAUUACGCGGGUACAAACCAGCUAAGCCACCCAAACGACCAGCACCACGCCCACCGAACUCCUUGUUCGGACGUUUCAAUGAAAAUUUCAUAUUGCGCCGACGCAGCAUUAAUUCUUUCAAGACAUUUCAACCGCAAUCUCUGAAGUGCAGCGAAAUGUGUCAGCAACGUGCAAUGAGUGCAACACCAAACAUAUACGAGCAACCAAAUAAAAAAGAAACAACAACGACAACAACAACACCUUCACCUACACUCUUAAGUCCCCCAUCAGCACCAAUUACACCAUCAUUAAUAAAGAACAAAAACAAAAGUAAAAACAAUGCCAAACCAGUAGCACCGCCUAAGCCAAAUCACAAAGUGAUUAUCUAUUUUGGUGAUUCGAUAGCAAAUCGCGGUGGUAAGACUGCCAAUGCUACAGAUCAGCUAACAAACAACAACAAUAAUACAAGCAUCGACAACAGUCAAAACACCACAACGCUUAAGGCAUCCGAGUUACCCACAGCAGCGAUGAAUGAUGAUGAAUUGCCUUCCUUUAUUGAGAGCAUAGAGAAUGGCGUUAUUAAUAUCAAAAUCGAAGGCAAUUACAAUCGGGCAAAUGCAUUGGUCGAAACAGUAGCGAAACCAACACGUGCCGUCGUUCGAAAACCAAAACCAGACGAAAUCGUUUUGGUACCUGAAGAUGCCGCUAGCUAUUAUGGCUCGUGCGAUUGGAGUUUUGUGCAGGAGUGGCGCGCACGACCCACAAGCAAUAUGCCCGUCUACAGCUCGCAGCAGUCUACAGCACUUUUAACAGCAGCAGCAGCUUCAGGGUUACCCACAACUCCCCAUAGCAAUGCCAAUUUAUCUGCCACAACAGCAACAGGAACAAUGAUUAAUGCACUUGUUUCCUCUGGACGCAUUCAAAGUCCAGCAGUGGCUACACCAGCACCUCGUAUAUCAAAAGAAGUAGCACAACGUCCAGGUGUAAACAACUCUACGUCUCAUUCAAAACCCAUUGUACUUAAUUCACCUAACAACAGCACACAUUUCGAUAACUUUCAACAAUCGCAAAAAUCAAUUAAUCUUAAUUCAACUAUUCCAACGAGCCAUAACAGCAUUUCAACACAUAAUAGCAAAUCUGUACCACAUAGAUCCGUAGCAGGACCAGCACGUUUAACUGUACAAAGCACACCAGUGAAAUCACAGCCACCUAUGCUAAGUUCAAGCCUGGCACAACAAAAUAUUGGAGCUCAACUAAAAACUACGGAGAAAAUUGGAACCAAUCUAAACAGUUCCAACAUAGGUAUACCUACAGAUGCAAGUUUUCAACAAAGUCCAAGUUCACAGAAACCAAAUUUGGGGACACGCACGCACCAUCAUGAUUUUCGCGCGCUUCAACGUGUACAAGAGUGUCAUAGUUCAUCGGAUGAAAAUCGCUCAUCUGGUCAUGCCAGUAUGUCAGACACCGGCGGACAUGGCAGCUCAUCGCCUGGUGGUGUAGCGUUAGGACCAUUACCUGAAGAUCGUUUAGCCGCUGGUGUUACUAACCGAAGUACACGUUCACGCGCAAGCACAAAUCAUUCACGUGCACGACAUCGCGCUACACCUGCCAAAGCACCUUGGGGUGGGAGUGGCCUCGAAGAUAUAAAACUUGCUAUACAACAGUUGACAAUGCGUUCACAAACCAGCACCAGUACUUACAGCAGCUUAAGCGCCGGUUCAGAAAGUUCAGAGCCCGCCAGGCGUUUAGGACGUUACUCCUCCUUAGAGACCGUCAAUACAAAUGUAACCAAUGCCGAUGAAUUUGUCUGGGUAGACUCACAUAAUCGACUUGUAGAAUUACAACAUCCGCCUUGGAGUCAACAUUGCAUCUUACGUGUCAUACGUAAUGGUCGCUUUAAAGAACAAGCUGAACGCGUAUCUGUUGAAACAGUGCCACGAUUAGGUUACCUGCUGCAACGUGCUUUAGUACGUAUAGCAAGGGAAGUGCAGCGACUGUCAACUAAUUUAGGAUUGUGUUCAAAACAGGAAGUUGCGGGCGCUUUUAAAAUUGUACUUUGUCCAGCAUUGGCAGAUUCCUGCAUUAAGGCUUGUUUACGCGCUGCAGCUAUGUUCGCUGUGCCUGGCGAUAGCGCUUUAAAGCAAAGCAAGUCAGCACGUGCAGGUUUACAACUGCCGGUGGGCCGGUUUCAUCGGUGGAUGGUAGAUGCGCGUUUAGCUAAAUUUGUACAUGAGUAUGCGGCAGUUUAUCUUUGUGCUGGCUUAGAAAAUUUACUAGAAGAAGUAUUGAUGCAAUGUUUUCCAAUUGAUGGCACAAAUCAAUUAACAGUAACUGCACUGGAACAUGCGAUUGCCACUUCUGGAGAUCUUUGGGGUUUGUUGCAACCGUUCGCUCAUUUAAAUGCCGGUCGCAUUGCUUCUGGUGCACUUACAAUGCCACGUUGGGCCAGUCAGUCUUCACUUGGCUCUGGCACUCAUGCUAGUUCAUCGAGUGCAAGUAAUGCUAGCCUGGAGCCCUGCUUGUUGACUACUUGUGUUGGUAGUAUUACCGAAUUGAAAGACUUGGCGCUACGUGCACAACAGAAAUUUCAGCACACCGCAUUAUCAAAUGCAGCACUUUCAGUGCUUUUCUAUUUUAUGCGAUGUUCGCAACUGGAACAGAGUGAUGUUGGCGGCCAAUCAAGCGGCAACUCUAAUAGCAGCAAUCAAAACGUACAAGAACUUUGUUACGAACGAGCGUAUGUUGUAUUACCACCUUUGGUUGAGUGGUUACGUGUCGCGUCCGCUCAUGCCGAGUAUCGUUGCGCGGCCAUGAUUAACAAAGAUGAUGUCAUGCAAGCAGCACGUCUGCUACUUCCCGGUGUAGAUUGCCCCAUGCGACCAAUUGGCCAUGACGAAGAGUUGCCAACUAAGAAAACACAUUUUACACAUACAAACACUACGGCAACACUGGCAACGAGUCUUAGUGAAGACACAGCGGAACUGGGAAAACGUGCUACUAUUACUUUGGCAUUCAAGUUGAUGUUAACUGGACGUGCAGAACUAUUAGCACAAGCAUCAAAUUUAUUGCCGCCUUCUACGCGUUAUGAUACACUCAAUCACACAGGCAUGACUGCUCUGAUGAUUGCUAGUCUGCGCAAUGAUGAAAUCGCUAUACAGGCACUUUUAGAUGCAGGAUGCGAUCCGAAUGUGGAAGUACCUGCAAUUAAUCAAACAAGUUGUCCAGCUGUACAUCCCGAUACGCAACACUGGACUGCAGUUACUUUUGCUGCAUCGCGCGCAAAUUAUUUAGCUUUACGUAUGCUGCUAGAACGUGGUGGUAAAGUGGAAGGAGGGGCUCGUUUAAGUGAAGACAAAAGUACAUUAACACCAUUACAAGUAGCUUGUGGUUCUGGUAAUGUUGAACUGGUAUCGCUAUUGCUAGCACAUGGUGCCAAUGCAUUUCUUUCAACGCAACAAAAGGACUCGAUGUGCUUUGCCGGCUCCGCACAACGUGGGUCAUUCAGUGCCAUAUCAGUUGCAGCAGCACAUGGUCAACGUGCUUGUCUUAGAAAGUUGCUCUCCACACCAAUGUCGCCAGGCUCGCGUGAUGUGCUCUCAUUAGAAGAAAUGCUGGCUGAAGGUGAACCCGUAAAUAAUACUAGAACAGGCGCUGCAAAUGAACGGCAAACAGCAAAUGAUGUACCACUGACGCUUAAUAAGACUCAGAUAAAGAGUUUGCAGGAGGCCAUGUAUCACAGUGCCGAAAACAAUCACUUAGAUAUUACAAUAGAAUUGCGCACCUUAGGAGUUCCAUGGACAUUGCAUUGUUGGAUGCAUGCAUUAGCUGCAGCACAUGAAUUACGGUUGGAUGCAGUUAUAGAUCAGCUGUUGCAAGAUUUUCUUCAAGUCUGUCCUGAUGAUUACAGUGCACAAUUUGUCAGCGAAUGCUUACCGUUACUUUUCAAUAUUUUCCGAUAUAGUAAAAAUGAGGGUACCACUUUAUUGUUGGCCGAUAUAUUUGCAACCUGUUUCGGUUGGGAAUCAAUCAAGACUAUUAAGGAACCAGCUCUACAAACUGUUAAUAGCUCUCGCAUUGAUCCUAAAUUUGUUAAUAACCCAGAACUUAGUGAUGUUACUUUUAGAGUUGAGAGUAAAAUAUUUUAUGGUCACAAGAUUGUGUUAGUUACCGCUUCACCACGUUUUCAAAAUAUGCUCAGCUCGAAACUGAGCGAUGGGAAUACACCAACAGUGCAAAUCAAUGAUAUCCGGUAUCACAUAUUCCAGUUGGUAAUGCAGUAUCUAUACAGUGGUGGCUGUAGUACUUUAGAUGUGUCACACAGCGAUGUGCUAGAACUUAUGGCAGCAGCAAGUUUCUUCCAAUUGGAAGGUUUACUACGUUACACCGAGGCCAGAUGCUCGGAAAUGAUCGAUAUUGACAAUGUAGUGGCCAUGUAUAUACACGCUAAGGUUUACAAUGCGCAUAAACUACUAGAGUACUGUCAAGGCUUUCUAUUACAGAAUAUGGUUGCUCUACUUACAUAUGAUGAUUCUGUAAAGAGACUUUUAUUCGCUAAGAAAAUACCAAAUCAUGAUGUACUAUCUGGUUUGCUUCAAGCUUUGCAGCAACGCAUUAAGCAACGCAAGCCCAGCGGUAUGAGCAACUUCCGGCAACAACUGAGCUCUCCCGUGCCAAUGAACACAAGCCUAAUGAAUGGCCUGGGCCAAAGCAACGCAAGUGCAAGCACUAAUCUUGGUGGCAGCUUAGGAGCCAUUAAAAAUAAAUAAAGCUACCAAAAUGAAUCUACCGAUAUGUGUAU